GGGGGCAUGGGUGUCUGGACCUCAGGCACCGACAUUUUCCUAAGUCUUUGGGGAACAUAUAUAUCUCCACGAAGCCCUGGAUGGGUGAACUUCAUCCAACAUUUGGGAGUUUGCUGUUUCGUUGCUUUCAUUUCAGUGGGCCUCCUCUCUGUGGCCUUCUCCUGGUUUCUGUCCUCAUCCGUAGUCUUCGCUACCUCCUGGGUGAUCACAUGUGCUCUCCUGUGCUGCUCCAAGCACAUGAGAUGUUUCAUUCUUCUCUUCUUCCUCUCUUGUGGCCUGCGUGAAGGCAGGAAUGCUCUGAUUGCAGCUGGCACAGGGGUAGUCAUAUUUGGACACGUGGAAAAUAUCUUCCACAACUUUAAAGGCCUCCUGGACAGUAUGACUUGCAACCUAAGAGCCAAAAGCUUCUCCAUACACUUUCCACUUUUGAAAAAGUAUAUCGAAGCGAUUCAGUGGCUUUACGGCCUGGCCACUCACCUAAGUCUAUUUGAUGACCUUGUUUCUUGGAACCAGACUCUGGCAGUCUCUCUUUCCAGUCCCAGCCAAGCCCUGGAGGCACAGCUAAAUGACACCAAAAGCAAAGUCCUGGGGGCCUUGUACCAGACGGCGACGGCGACAGAGCUAUUGUCCUCCCUGGGACGGCAGCUGAUGGCUCUUGCAGGGCUUUUGCUGGUGCUCCUCGGCACUGGCCUUUUCAUGAAGCGGUUUUUGGACCCUUGUGGGUGCACGUUUGAAAAUAUCUACAUCACAAGACAGUUUGUUCAGUUUGACGAAAGGGAGAGGCAUCAACAGAGGCCCUGUGUCCUCCCGCUGAGUAAGAAGGAAAGGAAAAAGUACGUGGUCAUUCCGUCUUUCUGGCUGACUCCGAAAGAAAGGAGGAACCUGGGGCUGUUUUUCCUCCCCAUACUUACCCACCUCUACAUCUGGAUGUUGUUUGCAGCCAUCGAUUUUCUGCUGUAUCGGCUCAUUUCCUCAGUGAGCAAACAUUUCCAAAGCUGGCCGGCACUGGAGCUUCGCUUGAAACUGCACAGGGAGGAGCAAGGAACUCAAAACAUCAUCCAUGAUUCCUCCUUUAAUAUAUCUCUGUUUGAACCCAACUGUAUCCCUAAACCAAAGCUCCUUCUGUCUAAGAUCUGGAUUCCCCUCAGUAUUAUUCUUGUGAUACUAGUGAUGCUAGGACUCUUGUCUUCCUUCCUGAUGCAACUUAAAAUCCUGGUGUCUGCAUCCUUCUACCCCAGCGUGCACAGGGAGCGCAUCCAACACCUACACAUGAAGCUACUGAAGAAAAGAUCAAAGCAGCCAAUGGGAGAAGUAAAAAGGAAACGGGAUCUGUACUUGACAAAGAUUCAUUUCUGGCUUCCAGUCCUGAAAAUGAUUAGGAAGAAACAAAUGGACACAGCAAGUGGAGACAAUCCAUGAGAGACCCCAAGUAGCUCCCUGGCCAUAUUACACUAGCAAUUGUCCUCAGGUCUACUGUUGGUAGUCACUAUUCAAGCACAACAGCAGAGAACUAUAUGCACCAUCCUUAAGGGGAUUAAGUUCUCAGGGCCAAACUACUUUUCUUCAUAACAUCAAAGGGCUACCAGGUAAAUGGUUAUGUUGUUUGUCUUUCAAACAAGGCAUGUAAUCUAGACUGUGUCACAAUGUAACAGGACUAUAACCAAGCCUUUUGAGUAAUAUUCAUAAACAUCAUAGAGUAAUAGUCCAAGAAAAAAACACAGAAAAAAAUUAGAAAAACAUAGAAAUCUCUACUGCAGGCUCACAAGCAAAUACCAAGGAGAACAUAAAAGUAUAAUACAAUGACAAUAAAAGAUCUUUAAACCCCUCUGCCCCUUCUCUGCCCUUCUCAGUGUCUUUCAUAGCCAGUCCAUACCCCACAACUGUCUCUCUUCCCCUUGACCCCUUAUUCAAGAACUGUUUCCAAACCCUAUCUCCAGCAGCGAAUUUCCUCUUACCACCAUCUCUGCUCUUAUCCCUAGUUUCCUGGAUCUCUUGUUUGUCCUUUUCUACCAAAUCUUCUAACCACAUUUAUUUAGGGACAAUAUUUAUCAAAAUCAUAUGAAAUGUUUGUUAAAAUGCCCAUCAUGGGCCUCUUUUUUACUCAAUAUAUAUAUCAUAUAGUACAGGGUCCUAUUUCCCCUUAACUCUAAAUAGCUAGGAAGAAGGGCAAAGCCCUUGAAUACUGAUUCUAUUAUCUCCGAAGUCCCAGAAUGGGUAAGAAAUAAAGAAACAUUAUUUAUUUACUUAUUUUUUAACUUUCAUUUUAAAAUGUUUUCAGACUUACAAAAAAAUUGCAAAAUAGUAUGAAGUUGUAUUUACUCUUCACUCUUCAUCCCCAAAUGUUGUCUUACAUAAACAUAACACAAUUAUCAAAACCAGGCAAAUAACAUUGAAAAAUGUAUAAUCUACAGAGUUUAUUAAAUUUUCAUCAGUUGCUCCACUAAUAUCCUUUUUCUGAUCCUUGAUUUAAUCCAGGCUCACACAUUGCAUUCAGCUAGCAUGGUUCCUUGGUCUGAUCCAACCAGAGAUCAUUCCUCAGUCUUUCUUUUUCUUUCAUGAUCUUGACACUUUUGAAGAGUAUUGACCAGUUAUUUUGUAAAAUGUCCUUUGAUUUGGGUUUUUCUGAUGUUCCUUGUAAGUAAACCCAAAUAAUGUAUUUUUGGCAAGAAUACUACAGAAGUGAUGAUGUGUUCUUCUCAGUGCGUGAUAUCAGAGGGCACAUGAUGUGACAUGUCUCACAGUUGGUGAGGUUACCUUUCAUCUCUUAGUUAAGAUGGGGUCUGCCAGAUUCUUCCACUGUUAAAGUUUCUACUUUUUCCUUUGUAAUCAAUAAGUAUGUAGUGGGGAAAUACUUGGAGACUACGCAAACAUGCUGUUUCUCACCACACCUCUCCCCUCUAAUUUUAGCAUCUGUGGAUGCAAAACCAUGGGGGCCAAAUAAUGAUUUUUCUAUUUUCAUAUCUUCUACAUUUCUUAAUUGGAAUUCUAUAAGAUCCCCAGAAAGAAACAUUUUUUUUUUCAAAGACUGAUCUUUGUUUCAGGCACCAGCAUAAGUAUUUACACAUACUGCAUCAUUUAUGUUUCAUGACAACCCUGUGCUGUAGGUAUUAUUAUUUCCAUUUUAUAAGCUCAGAAAUCUUACCCUCAAAGACCCUGAUUUAGCUAGCCUGGAGUGGGGUCUGGGUGCUGACAUGUUUAAGGCUCCUGGAUGAUUCUAAUGGGCAACUGGGAUUGAAAACCACCAUCCCAGGAAAUUUUACACAAUUGCAGGUCUUCAAUGGUGAAAUCUCUCUAACGGAAGGAGCCUACAUCAGAAAUGUGUCUGAUUCAGCAUGUUUCAAAGUGUGUUCCUCGGACCAAUAGUCCCUUAGUGGUUCCAUGAAAUGACUGACCUGAUGUUAGUAAAUCCAUACAAUCUGCCUUCCAAACUUGAAGAUUCAUAAAGCAUGUUGGCAUAAUGUAAAAUUUUUGAGAAACCUUAUAAUAAAGAAAUUUCUUUUAACCUUGUUUCACCCAGGAUUUCCUCAAAUUACUAAACUAUGAAACAAUUUUACCUGUAAUAACAAUUAUCAUCCUAUAGCACCAGUUCUACAGCCCAUAUUUUGGCAAAGGCUGAUAUAAUUGGCAUGACUUUCAACCAAAAAAUAAUCAGGGAAGGUGAAUAUGCGUUUAUAGUUUGGUUUACUUAAAUGUUCUGAUAGUUUUAUGCUUUAUUGUGUUUUCUAAGCAAGCAAAUGUAUAUAUUAAUAAACUGAU